AUGGCUCCCUCCGACCGUCUCAAUCAAGUCAAUGAACACCUCAACUACCCGGCCGGUCUACUAGCAGGCCAGGUAGCCAUUAUCACCGGCGCAGGCCAAGGCAUCGGCGCCGAAGCAGCCCGACUGUUCGCAAAUGAAGGCGCUAAGGUCGUAGUCGCUGAUAUUGAUGCCAAGAAAGCCAACGCCGUAGCCGACGCGAUCAACUCCGCCAAGGCCGGCCGUGCCCUCGCCGUCGUCGGCGAUGUCCUUGACAGCAACUAUAUCACCGAGCUAGUGAAGAAAACCGCCGAGUUCGGCAAUGGCAAAAUCCACAUUAUCGUGAACAAUGCCGGGUUCACUUGGGAUGGUGUUAUUCACAAGAUGACAGAUAAGCAAUGGGACACUAUGCUAGCCGUGCAUAAUACCGCACCCUUCCAACUCGUGCGCGCCGCAGCACCCUACUUCCGAGUAAAAGACCAAGAGCCGCGCGUAGUGAUCAACAUCAGCAGCACAAGUGGCAUCCACGGCAAUGCAGGCCAGGCCAAUUAUGCAGUGGCGAAAGCCGGCGUUGUCGGCCUGACCCGAACAAUCGCCAAAGAAUGGGGUCCAUCAUUCGGUGUGCGGUCGAACACCAUUGCCUUCGGCUUCGUGACGACCCGUCUCACCGCCGCAAAGGAGGAAGGCGCUUUCGUCACCAUGCCUGAUGGCACAAAGGUUGCCCUGGGGAUUCCAGGCAAGCAGCUUGCGACUAAGAAGGGCGAGAAGGAGGCGGCUGCUGCUCCUACUUACCCUGAUAUUCCGCUAGGCAGACCUGCGACCCCUGUUGAAGCUGCGAGGGCAAUUUUGGGCGUUGCGUCGCCAUGGUUCUCGUAUGUCAAUGGGGAGACGAUUCGGGUUACCGGUGGGCGGAAUAUGUAG